GCCGCGGCGGCGCGCGCCCAGCGCCGUUCCCGCUGCCGCUGCCUGUGAGCGGCACCGCUGCGGGCACUGCUCCUUCACGUGAGCGCCGCGACCUGGCCUCCGCGCUCCGCAAAUAGCUUGGCAGGCGGAUAAGAGGCGGCGCGAGGCCAGACUUUGUUCCCUGGCAGAUGUCUUCGCCCUCUGCGCCAGCGCCGGUUCGUCUCUUCACUCUCUCGUGUUUUCUUUGCCUUUGACCGAAAGUUGCGGGCAGGCCGCUGCUCAACCCGCGCUGCCGGGGCCCUGAGGGGCCGCGCGGGCGGCCGUUACCGCGGGCGGCCGUGGAGCGCCGGCGUCGCGGAACCGUGCCCGCCGGGCUGUCCCAGACGCGUUUUCCAUGGGCAGAGGGGGGAAAUUCCUCUGUUUUUUCGAGUCUUUUUUUUUUUCCAGCUCAUCGCCGGAAUGUCAGCAGCUUUUUAUUUAUGAAGAGCCACGUGUUAACACCAAUGUGCACGUGACAUGGAAAGGGAACAGAUUGUGGAAACCAACUUCUGUUUCAACCUUGCAGGAGGCUGCAUGAAGUGUGUAAAGAAGCUUAACUUCUACUUGACCAAAAUGGUGGACACUGAAAACCAGCUUUCUCCACUUACUCCGUUGGAGGAGGAUGAUAUAGGCAGCCCUUUACCUGGAGAGUUUCUACAAGAUAUGGAGAAUAUUCAAGACAUCUCUCAGUCUCUUGGUGAUGAUAGCUCUGGAGCUUUAAGUUUAACAGAGUUCCAGUCAUUGGGAAAUGGUCCAGGAUCUGAUGGAUCAGUUAUAACAGACACUCUUUCACCAGCAUCCAGUCCUUCAUCCAUUAAUUUUGCCACAGCUCCAGGUAACAUAGAUGAAUCACCCAGUGGAGCUUUAAACAUUGAAUGUAGAAUUUGUGGGGAUAAAGCCUCAGGCUACCAUUAUGGAGUACACGCUUGUGAAGGUUGUAAGGGUUUUUUUAGGAGAACAAUUCGAUUAAAACUCAUCUAUGAUAAAUGUGAUCGCAACUGCAAAAUUCAGAAAAAAAAUCGUAAUAAGUGCCAAUACUGUCGUUUUCAAAAGUGCCUUUCAGUUGGAAUGUCACAUAAUGCAAUACGUUUUGGACGAAUGCCAAGGUCUGAGAAGGCAAAGUUAAAAGCAGAAAUUCUAACAGGUGAAAAUUAUGUAGAAGAUUCAGAAAUGGCAGAUCUUAAAUCACUUGCCAAAAGAAUUCAUGACGCCUACCUGAAAAACUUCAAUAUGAACAAGGUUAAAGCCAGAGUUAUCCUUGCUGGGAAAACUAAUAACAAUCCACCAUUUGUUAUACAUGAUAUGGACACAUUAUGCAUGGCAGAGAAGACGCUGGUGGCAAAACUAGUGGCCAAUGGAAUUCAGAAUAAAGAAGCAGAAGUUCGAAUCUUCCAUUGCUGCCAGUGCACCUCUGUGGAGACUGUCACAGAACUUACUGAAUUUGCCAAAUCCAUCCCUGGCUUCUCCAAUCUUGACUUGAAUGAUCAAGUGACACUGUUAAAAUACGGAGUUUAUGAAGCCAUAUUUGCCAUGUUAGCUUCUGUAAUGAACAAAGAUGGGAUGCUGGUAGCCUAUGGAAACGGUUUUAUAACCCGGGAGUUCCUGAAAAGCCUGAGAAAGCCAUUCUGUGAUAUAAUGGAGCCGAAAUUUGAUUUUGCAAUGAAAUUUAAUGCACUGGAAUUGGAUGAUAGUGAUAUAUCCCUUUUUGUGGCUGCUAUCAUUUGCUGUGGAGAUCGUCCUGGUCUUGUAAAUGUAGGACACAUUGAAAAAAUGCAAGAGAGCAUUGUGCAUGUACUGAAACUUCACUUGCAAACCAACCAUCCUGAUGACAUCUUCCUCUUCCCAAAACUUCUUCAAAAAAUGGCUGACCUCCGACAACUUGUGACAGAGCAUGCUCAGCUUGUUCAGAUAAUUAAGAAGACUGAAUCUGAUGCACAUUUACACCCUUUACUACAGGAAAUCUACAGGGAUAUGUAUUAAGGAUUUUAAAUAUUUUUUCCACAAUAUUUAAGGACAACAGCAAUAUUAAUAAUAGAUGGGAGCAAAAUUACUUGCACAAUUAUCUGCUAUUCACUCAGUCUGGAGCAUGAAAAAUCUAAAAGCUAGAUAACUGAGUAUUAAACUUUUGGUUUGGGCUCUACUGUCCUCUUUUGAAAGAGUUCUGCAGAGAAAUAUCAAUUGUAACGCUCAUGAAGUUGCUCACAAGGAUUCAUUUAUUUGGAAAUUUGAGGAUUGGUAAGGAAUAUGUAUUUGUAUAAUAAAUCAGAAUGUUGAUUAACAGAAAUGAACAAAAUUGUAUUUCCUCUUGGCGAAAUCAUUUUAGAAUAAAAAUAACAAAUUCAGUAAAUUCUCUCCAAGUAUAUGUAUGCACAAUCAUAAAAAUUACGCACUUUUGGCUAAUGGUAAUUACUGAGAACUAACUAACAUUUUUUUCUUAAGGCAGUCAGUCUAGAUGCAUCAAAUGGUUGGUUAUUACUGUCCAUGUACUUCUAAAAAAAAUUGAAAGACCUCUGAUAUGCUACAACCUGAAUUCCAUGAAGUACAGCUUCAUAUAGUUUUACAGCAGUGAACUUCAGCAUUAGCAUAUUGAAAAGAUGUUUCUUUUAUGAAAUGAAAUAAAAUACAAGGAGCUAUCUAAAA